UUGUCAUGUGGUCGGCGCCUACUCCGACUGGGAGUGCAGCUAUGUCAGCUUCCAGAAGACAGCAAAAAUGUCCUUCCCCAGCAACUCUGCUGCUGCAAACCCCUUCUUAGUGGACGCAUACCUCGGCGCCUGCAGGACGGACGACAUGUACGCGUCGCCCGCGUGUCAUGACUACGCCAUGCAAACCUGUGGACUCGUGCCACCUUCGGCCAAAGGCGGGGAGCUCGGCCAGCACGGCGCGGCCGCCAGCGUCCCCUCGUAUUUCGCCCGGCAGUGGGCCGAACCGGGAAGAGCGUGCAGAGCAGAGGCGCCCGUGAGUCCAAAUUCUAUAUACGCGCAGCAGAGUAUCAAGGAGGAGGGCGACUGCUGCAUGUUCUCCGAGAAACGGGCGCAAAAAGGAAAUCGGCGGCAGGCGGACGUCCACGCGUACUCGCCAGUUGUGGCCGAACCUGAGCGAGCCGACGCCCCCGAGGUUCCAGUUCCGGGGUAUUUCAGACUCAGUCAAACGUACGCGUGCGACGGGAGGGGGCGGCGGGAGGAGGAUUGCGGCCGUCGGCCGAGCCCGACGCUGAUGCAGCUGGACCGGGUCGCCCCGCAACUGCAGCCCCUAACGAAGGAGCCCCCGCCGCGCAUCCCCGUGGCCGCCGGGAGCCCGGAUCCCUGCCCGUCCAGCGCGGAGGAAGAAGACGACGACGACGAUGAACAGCAGGAGGAGGUGGAGGAGGAGGAGGAGGAGAAGACACAGUCCAGUCUGGUGCCACGGGACCCAGGGAAAGGGCAAAAAAACAACCCCCAGACCGGCAGCUGGCUGACGGCCAGGAGCGGCCGAAAGAAGCGUUCGCCCUACACCAAGCACCAGACCUUGGAACUGGAGAAAGAGUUCCUGUACAACAUGUACCUAACCCGAGAACGGCGAAUGGAAAUCAGCAGGAGUGUUAACCUGAGCGACAGGCAGGUCAAGAUUUGGUUCCAGAACCGCAGGAUGAAGCUCAAGAAGAUGAACCGGGAAUGUCGAGUGCGGGAACUGAACUCUAAUCUCGCUUUCUCCUGAACUCUGACCUGUAAUUCCCUGUACUGUAUUAGUAUUGAUCAACAAUGUUAGCAUUAAUAUCUUUUUUGUGUUCACUUUGUUGUGGUAUUGAACUUUUCUUGAUGUUUUUUUUUUUUUUGUUAGUUUUUGGGUCUUAAAUUAUUGGACACUCACUGGUCACUUGAAAAGAAUCACCUCCCUGUAUAGUGUCAUGCAGUGUUUCACAGGCAGACACACACACACACACAUACACACACACGCACGCACACACACACACACACACACACACACACACAACACACACACACACACACACACACACACACGACGUUAGAAAAUAAUCUCCCAAACCACGAUGCACAAAAAAAUAGACGCUGCACCUUCCGCCAUCUAGUGGAAGAGAAUGUCAAUGUUCUGCCACUAGCAUUGAUAGAUAAACAAAUCUACUGAAUUGUAAUAAUUGUUAAGGGACCAAUCGAAUAAAUUUGAAUGUUGGUGGUUGGGAAUCACCGAUCUAAUGACAUCCUGUACAAGAACUGCAUCAUUACUAUUGUCACACUGAUAUGGGUUAGCAGUAUGAUUAAUGUGUUUAUUAUUGAAGUUCUAUCCAAAUACACUGCAUGAUAGGUGUUUUGACAUGUUGCCUCUCUCGAAAGGCUCAAGGUCACCACAGUAUAACAAUUAGAAUGAUAGAAUGAAACUGUAUCCUUUAACCGACAAAAAAUAUUUAAGGACAUAUUGACCUUUCUGACGUAGCUUGUUAUGUUAUGAAACCUAUUGUGUACCAGCUACGGCGGCCAGUUUGAUGUGGGUUUUUGCAGAAAAUCUGCUUAGGUUUUUAUCUAUUUUAAGUUGUCCGUGUAUUUGAGUGCAUUGUCGUACAGUCUGUGUUGAAGUGUGAAACGUUCGUUCACCGGAAAUGUGAAUGGGUUUAAAAACAAGAUUCACGUGUGCUUAUAUGUUGCAUGUG